UCUACAUCAACCUUUUGAACGCCCUCCAACGACUUUCUUCCCUCCUCCAGUCCUAUAGAAAAAGAAAGAGCCUUUGCUAUUAUAACCAAAGAAUAUAUAUUAAACAUCAGAUAAAUGUCAUUAGCCUUGGCUAUUGGCUGGUCUUCUUCUUCUCAUCCCGAGUGCAGUCGAAGAGAAACAGAAAAAGGAAUCAUGUGCACUGAAGAAAAUGCCUUGGAUGUUGAUAAGGUGCAAGCUCUAGAAGCCAAGUUACAGUGUUCAUAUAAAGAGAAUGAGGAGCUGAAUCAUAUGAUUAAUGUGAUGAGCAAUAAAUGCAAUAUUCUUCAAGAUCAGUUGAGCAAGAAGAGGACACAUGAGAUGUGCACCAUGACUGAGAAUUGCUCUAGCCCAGAUUCAUUCAAUAGACUGGUAAGGAAUACAUCCAAAGAAAAAUCAUCGCAAGUCUUUGUAAGAACCAACGAGGCAGACGCUAACUUGACAGUGAAAGAUGGUUAUCAAUGGAGGAAGUAUGGACAGAAGAUCACUAAAGAUAAUCCAUCGCCACGGGCUUAUUUUAGGUGUUCUACUACUCCAAAUUGUCCCGUCAAGAAGAAGGUGCAAAGAUGUGUGGAUGAUGAAUUAAUUAUCAUGGCAACAUAUGAAGGCGAGCACACUCAUGCACUUAGUGGACCUGAAGGCUCAACUUCUUCACCACAUGGCUCAAACCCUAGUUUAGCAUGUUCUGACCCUAUUAAUUUGUUUCGACCAACCACCACCCUUGAUCUAACCCUAUGUGGGACCAAGUCAGAGAUAAAUAGACCCACUCAAAAUUUCAACAACAACCACUACAAUCUUGAUGAGUAUGUAGCAUCUUUAACUAGAGAUGCCAACUUCAUUGCAACCUUAGCAGCUGCAAUUACACGAUCCAUUGCAAACUCACCUUAUUCACCCAAUGGUGAAAUUUGAAGUGGAAUUAUCUAAAAUCAUUUGAAUGAGAAAAAACAAUUAAGAAUUUUUAUGAUUUUUCA